UUGUGAAAUACAGUCCUUUAAUAAAAGUUUAAUUAAUUAUGGAUAGCGAUUUAAAUAGUGGUGAUUUAAAUAAAGCAAGUUUGGAUGAAGAUGAUUUGUUGAAAUCUCCUCGUGAUGAAGUGACAUCUCCUUCCUUCCAAUCACCAAGGGAUCAAUCGCCGAAUAAAGUGCAUUCAAAGGUCCGAUCUCCGAGUGAUAUUACUGAAGAAAGUGUUCACUCAAUUCCUUUGGACAAGGUAUCGAAAAAGAUAGCAAGAUGCCUAAGUGAGUUAGAUUAUUUAUAUGAGGAUUUAUUAUCAGAGGGCGAGGUAGCGGACACCUUUGAUGUUAAUGAGGCCGAAGCUGUUAUAAAAGCACAGUUGGAAUCAAUCAAGGCCAUCAAGGUUAAAUAUACUCACGUACAUCAGAAGCUACGCUCGUACCUAGAUCCUGAUAACACCACAGCUUUAGAUGAAGCUAAUGAUAAUCGUUUAGUUUUUCUAUCCUCAUAUCGGAAAUUCCAGUUUCAUUUAUUGAGGUUACUCAAGCCUGAAGGAAGUUCAAACCGGUCAGAUGUGGAAAAAUCCAAUUCAGGCUCUAGUUAUUUGCAUCUUAAAUUCCCUAAAUUUGACUUGAAUAAUUUUGAUGGAACUGCUGAUGAGUGGUUAGAUUGGUCUCGGAUGUACCUGUCAACAGUGCAUAAUAAAAACGAUAUUUCUACACUGGACAAGCACAGGCUUCUACGUUCAAAGCUUACUGGCGAGGCGCAAAUACUCAUAAAGGCAUUUCCCAUUGAUGAAGGUUCAUAUAAAGAAGUUUGGGACCUCUUAAAUAUUACGUACGGAGAGCCAGUGAAGAGUAUCACUAAAUAUUUAAAGGCGCUUGAUAAUGUGAAGCCAGUUUCCGAGGACGAUCCUACUGGCUCAUUAAGAAGCCUAAUAACGAACUUCCGCGCUAACCAUACAGCCAUUGACCUCACGUUGAAGGAGCAUCCUGAAAUUGAUGGAUUAUCGCUCAUAUUCUCCUACUUGUUCCUUAAAAAAGCUGAUCAGGACACCAAAGUGGACUGGCAACGUGAGGUGGCUCGGAAAAAGGAGUAUGCUUCCUUUAAUGCUUUUUUGGACUACAUGAACGAGCGUUGCGGUGCGUUGGAGAGGGGAGCCGAUGAACAGGUACCUACAAAGGGAACCAAAAGAGGCCACCAACCACACCCUUCUGGUGUUAAAAAAUCGCUUGUAGUUCCGGAGAAAAAAGCGAAAAUGAAUCGAAAAUGUGGCUUUUGUUCCGAGGAGCAUGAAAAUCAUACAUGCAAAACCUUCCUAGAUAUGAACGCGGAAGAUCGGCUGCAGUUAGUUAAGAAGAAGGUGCUUUGUUUCCGUUGUUUGCGUCCAUUUCAAAAGGGACACAACAAGAAAUGCAAAUUUUACUGCAAAACCUGCAAGAAAGGGCAUAACCCAUUAUUACACAACUCGUUUGUUAAAAAAGAUGACGAUUCUACGAAUCAAGGUUGAAAGAUCGAGCUGAUAAUGGUAUCGGAGAUGCGGACGUUGGUGAAAAUAUUUCUGUGGAUGCGGUUAAUGUACAGAUAAACGUUACGGAGCAGUCUAGUCCAAGUGUGAUUGAUUUUGUUAAAGAUACAAAUAUUACUUUUUCCUCUGUUGAUAAUAAUAAAUAUUCUUACACGUUA